CCCAACCUCUAUCAAAACAUCCCGCCAUGGACCUCGACGAGCUCGUCAUCGACAACAACUACGCACUCGGCGGCUCGGAUGAUGAGCGCGAGCGCGAGCAGAAUGCGCUUCUCCACCAGCAGUUGGAGCGGCGCAAGCGCAUGCGCUCUAUGGCCGUGCCUACAGACGACGGCAAGGUGCGCGAGCGGCUGCGCGCGUACGGCGAGCCGAUCACACUCUUCGGCGAGGGACCAGGUGACCGGCGUGACCGUCUCAAGACGGUACAGGAGCGCUACGAGGUCAUGAAAGGGCGGCCGCUAGCUCUCGACAGCGACGGCGAGAGCAGCGAUAGCGACGAGGGCGAGUUUUACACUGAAGGAAGCAACGAGCUGCUGCAGGCCCGUCGAAAGAUUGCACGGUACUCGCUUGCACGAGCACGAAAGCGCAUUGCUCGCCAACGCGUCGAGAGCGGCGUGCCACUCAGCCGUGUCAUCAAUGUUCGCAAGGAGGUGUUUACGGAGCUUCAAACAUUCCAGAACCUUGGCUCGCAGUUUGGUGACGAUCGUCCGCUCUCCACCAUCCGCUUCUCUCCCAACUCGAAGCUCAUUCUGACUACGAGUUGGACGGGCACGAGCAAAGUAUGGGACCUUCCCAACUUGAAUCAAGUGGCUGUUCGCAGGGGGCAUACUGAGAAGAUCUCUGGCGCUGCUUGGCACCCGGACGCGACGUUUGGUCUCUCUGAAAGCGCCACCAAUUUUGCGACUGGCGGCGCAGAAGGCGAGGUUAAAUUGUGGUCGCUGGACGCCGAGAAGCCUCUCGCAACGUUGGCUGGCCACACAAACCGCGUAGGUCGCGUCGAGUUCCAUCCGUCCGGCGCAUAUCUGGGUUCGGCGGGGUUCGACGGGACAUGGCGCCUCUGGGACGUGGCUACGCACCAGGAGCUGCUCGUGCAGGAGGGGCAUAGCAAGGAGGUGAUGGCGUUGGCGUUCCAGGACGAUGGUGCGUUGGUGGCGUCGGGUGGCUUUGACUCGAUCGGGCGUGUGUGGGACACGCGCACGGGACGCACGGCGAUGGUGCUCGACGGGCAUGUCAAGGAGAUUCUCAGCAUGGACUUUGCGCCUAACGGAUUCCAAGUCGCCACUGGGUCUGGUGACAACACUGUCCGCAUCUGGGAUCUGCGAGCGCUGCGCACACAGCACGCUAUGCCAGCACACAAGAGCAGUGUGUCAGACGUACGCUUCUUCCGCGCGAGCGAGGAGAACCCAUUCACCGCGCUCGGCGCGGAAUCGCUGGAAGGGGCGGAGAACGGACACGUGGACGGCGAUGGAAUGGAUGUGGACAGGGCAGACGACUCGAGGAAUGAGGGCGACGAAAAGCCCAAAUCUGAAACACCAUUGCCUCGGUCCGGCCUAUUCCUCGUCACCGGCGGGUUCGACGGCCACGUCCGGGUCUGGAGCGCCGACGAGUGGGCGCCGGUGCGCGAUCUGGCGACGGAUGCGGGCAAGGUCAUGAGCGCCGACGUGAGCCGCGACGGACGAUUCAUUGCGAGCGCGAGCUACUCGCGAAGCUUCCACUUGUUUGGAGGCGACCAUUCAAUGUAAGGUAUGAUCGGCUCUUUGAGAGUGAGACAAC